GUAUAUUACCGAUGACUGAAAAUGCCGGUAAUUGGUGUUUAAUCGAGAGUGACCCGGGUGUCUUCACCGAGUUGAUCCGUGAAUUUGGCGUCAAAGGUGUUCAGGUCGAAGAGCUCUGGACUCUAGAUAAGCAACUGUUCGAAAAAUUAAAACCGAUCCAUGGCCUGAUCUUCUUGUUCAAAUGGGGCAAAGAUGAUGAACUCAGUGGGUCCAUCGUGCAGGAUAGCAGACUGGAUAAGAUAUUCUUUGCAAAGCAGGUGAUUGAAAACGCGUGCGCCACACAGGCGAUACUGAGUGUCCUCAUGAAUUCAAAACAUCCAGAUUUGACUUUGGGUCAGAACCUCGCUGACCUCAAAGAGUUCUGCACCGGGUUCGAUGCUAACAUGAAGGGAUUAACAAUAAGUAAUUCCACUUUGAUCCGAUCCGUUCAUAACUCCUUUGCAAGGCAACAGCUAUUCGAGUUUGAUCCUACCGUGCCCACAAAGAGUGAUGACGUUUAUCAUUUUGUCAGUUAUAUUCCCUUUGAAGGUAGAUUAUAUGAAUUGGAUGGUCUGAAGCCAGGUCCAAUGGAUUUAGGUCCUGUCCCUCCGGAAGCUGACUGGGUGGACAUUGUGACACCUUUAAUUGAGAAAAGAAUAAUAGGUAAAAAGCGAACAAACGUUACUGCUCUAACGAUGUUUAAAAUUUAANNNAUCGAGAAGCAAGUGAACGAGAGUGGUAUGGAGACUGACGCUCAGCAGACGGAGAUUUCGCGACUGAGGUGCUUGAUCGAGGAGGAGAACAAUAAAACAAGCCGGUAUAAGGUUGAGAAUAUCCGGAGGAAACAUAAUUAUCUGCCGUUGAUUGUGGAAAUAUUGAAGAUCUUAGCUAAAGACGGCAAGCUCAUGCCGAUUUACGAAAAGGCGAAGGAAAGAACUUUGUUGAAAAAGAAACAGAUAACGAAAGCGAAGAUUGGUGGUUCCUAAGUGUUAAUCCUCCCGAUUUUGUAUGGUAUUCUAAGAUUUAAAAUAACACUGAUUUAAGAAUAAACGAAUAAAACAUUUUUUUGUA